AUGUCGGCCCAAAACUGGGGCGACCUGCCCAAGCACAAGAGAGGCGGUCACCAGCGCCGGUCUAGCGAGUACGAAAUCCCCCCGACUGAACAGAGACAAUCUUUGGAUAGUCAACCUCCACGACGGACGAAUCGUGCAUCGAUACAAACGGCCUAUACCGAAGCCCCUUCCGAAUCAAUAUUUGCGCCUGGUUCGCCAACCGCCUCCUGUGUUACUCCUCAGGGUUUGGCUCCACGACCACCAUCAUACCAGAGGGCUGGCUUCACAGACUUCGCUCCGGACAGCUCCGAUCAUAAGCCACGUCGGAUGCCGUACGACGAGGACGAAUACUUCUUGCAAGCCUCCCCAUCCCUGCCAGAAGCGCCCGAUCUCCCUCGCGGACCGCCAGUCAGCUUUCGAGAGCCAUACGUGCCAAUCGCGAUGCCCCAGACUAUGGCCACCAGGCACGACCCAGUAUCGCGCUAUCAGCCUCAUACAGGUAACUCGAACGAACAGUCGUACUCUGCAUAUCCUGCUAUGCCUCUGGAAACAGCUCAUGCGCCAAUGACUGCUUCCGCCGCCGACGAUGCUCGCCGUGGCGUCGCUGAUGUUUCUGGGCAACCUCGAAGGACUUCUACAAGCACAACGUCUGAUCGACGCAAAAUGUUGGCCACCAAUCGAUCACCGCUGCAAAAUCUGGAGCUGACGCUGGACAGCAUGACAAAAGAAGAAAAACGAGCCCGCGUGGAAGCUGCAGAGCAACGAGCUAGGCAGCGGGCAGCCAAAAAUGACCAGGCUUCGUCUGGCUCUGCUCCCGCCAACGGCCCGAUUACGCCUCAAGAUGUCGGCACCAGACAGCCCAUACAACAAGCUUUACCUAGGCAGCAGGCUGUCGAGAAGGCCGCCGCUCAAAGGCCACGGCCUGCAGCGCAUCGCGACUGGACACAGCAAAUGCAGCCAGAUAGCCAGACACCCUUUUCGACCAAGCAGCAACCGGCAGAAGAGCCUGAUCAGCCACAGGGCCAACCUUCCUCGAAUAUACCCCAACGAAACCUAAGCUUCAAGGAUCGUGCUGCCAGAUCGCCCGUUGCUCCCCGAGAUGCGGAGAUGCUCGACCCUAUAAAGCAAAGGGCCUCGCCACUGGCACCCCCCAAUACGGUGAAUCGCACAGGAAGUAAUCGAAUCGGACAAGAGCCGCAAGACAAAUUUCAACAGUAUCGUCGCAUUGCCUCCGAAGCAGUGCCUCGUAACUAUUCCCCCCUGGUGCCUGUAUCUGGCAAUGCUCUUUCUCGCUCCGCCAGGAAUAAGGAAUUACCGCCAAUUCCAGUAUCUGACGACCGCAAUGGCAAUCACGGUAUGAGAGACCUACAACAACAGCAAGCGACGAAUGACGCAACUCCACAAGGCAUUCAACGUCGGGCUACAGAGCCGAAUUAUGGCCGCCAAUACGUGGCAGAUCAGAGAUACCCAGUAGCCCCGGCUCAACAAGAAUUUCCUGCGACAACUCACUCUGGGGAACUGCACUCGGAAGAUGGUAUAGCUCUUGCCCGGAGGCGACUUGAAAGAGCUGACAGCGAUGAUGAGCCGACAAAAAAGAACCAACAUCGUUUAGGCAACAUGCUAUAUUCUGACCCGGAUACCCUACGUCCUGGAGAAGGCUUGUAUAAGCCGCCAGCAUGGUUGGAUGAGUGGGAAAAGGCAGCUGUUGGAACGCUGUCUGGGCCGCUUCUAGAUGUCCACACAGAAAACUCCUCACAGGAUGCUUACAGGGCAUGGUGGGAGGGAGACAAAGGCCGCCACACCAAUGCGACAGCUCGUCUCCGAAAGGCGGAAGCUUUUGACGGAGAGUAUGAUGAUACCACUGAGCCCACGCGAUUCAAGCCUCAACUCUACUUAAAGUGUGGCCCACUUCUGAGAUACUGCGGUAUACGCAAGGAAGCUAUUCCCUCCAGAUCGCAACGAGGCCAUCCUGUAUCGGAACGGGAAAUGUGGCGUGGUAGCAUCAUGAUUGUUACAAAAGACUCUGAUUCUUCUUAUGAAAUCGCUCCAAUGCUUCGCCUAUUUGUGCAGGACAUUGGCGUUUUGCCACCGGCUCCGCACCACAUCAAAGGCGACCUAUCACCGGAAUAUGUUGAUCCCAUAGCUGGCCAUCCAAAACUCGGCCGCCGCGGAGAAACGCUUUACGUGCGUCCUGUCGAGCACUUGCAAGAAGGCAAGGAUCUUUCAAUGGACGAAACCGAAAAUGGGUUAUUCGAGAUGACGCGAAGCCCCCCGGAUGUGCAGGCCCCCGACGGUGCACCUGAUCUUCCCGGGUCCUUUGCUAGCCGCAAAAACCGAGCGGGCCUUGAUGGUGAGAAGGCGCAGAAAUACAAGGACGUACGGGGUUUUCGACUCCAUACCGAAAGAGGUUACACCUUUUGGCGCUUCAAUGUCGAGAUUGAGCUUCGACAAAAGCAGCAGCGUAUUGCCUAUCGCAUAAAUCGAGGACCAUGCAUGGCGUUCUGGGUACCUCCGAGGGGACAGACGAUGAAUAUCAUGUUUCACAGUUGCAAUGGCUUCAGCUUGAGCGCGAAGCCAGAUGACUUCAGCGGCCCGGAUCCUAUGUGGCGUGACGUUCUCAAUACGCACCAAACGAAGCCAUUCCACGUCAUGAUUGGCGGUGGUGACCAAAUUUAUAAUGACUGUGUGGCCGAUAUAUGUGAGCUGUUUGGAGACUGGCUCGAUAUGAGAAACCCCUUUGACAAACAUCACACGCAAUUUACUCCGGAGAUGCAGAAUCAGCUGGAGGAAUUCUACCUGGAACGGUAUUGCAUGUGGUUCUCACAAGGUCUCUUUGGGUUGGCCACAUCUCAGAUUCCCAUGGUCAACAUGUACGAUGAUCAUGAUGUCUUUGAUGGCUACGGCUCCUACCCUGACCACGACAUGAAGUCACCGGUGUUUUCUGGCCUCGGCGCAGUUGCUUUCAAGUACUAUAUGCUAUUCCAACAUCAAAGUGUUAUACCGGAAACGGAGACAUCGGAGCCGAGCUGGAUUCUUGGUCUCAAACCUGGUCCGUAUAUCCAUGAGCUUAGCCGCAGUAUCUACGUCUCCAUGGGAGGCAAGACCGCCUUGCUUGCCGUGGACACACGUACCGAGCGAACAGAACAUGAAGUCAUUGACGAGAAGACGUGGGAGAAGAUUACCAGCAGGUUGUACCUUGAAGUCCGCAAAGGGCAGGUCGAGCAUCUCCUGGUCCUGCUCGGUGUUCCGAUUGCAUACCCACGAAUGGUUUGGCUUGAAAACAUCCUGACAUCAAGACUUAUGGACCCUGUCAAGGCUCUGGGGAGAGCCGGUGUUUUCGGCAAAAUGCUCAACAACAUUGAUGGCGGCGUGGAAGUGCUGGACGAUCUGAACGACCAUUGGACAGCCAAGCAUCACAAGCAAGAGCGAAGCAUUAUCGUGGAAGAUCUACAAGACCUCGCCAUGGACAAAUCGGUACGAGUCACGAUUCUCAGCGGCGAUGUGCAUGUUGCAGCUGUGGGUCAGUUCUACUCAAAUCCACAGCUUGGACUGGUAAAGCACAAGGACCCGAGAUAUAUGCCCAAUAUCAUUUCGUCAGCGAUUGUCAACACGCCGCCCCCGGACAUCCUUGCCGAUGUUCUCAACAAACGUAAUAAAGUUCAUCAUUUCGAUAAGAAUACAGACGAAAACAUGAUUCCGUUAUUCCAGCAUGGUCCAGAUGGCAAGCCUCGAAACAACAAGCAUCUCCUGCCACACAGAAACUGGUGCUCCAUUCGCCAGUGGUCUCCUGGGACUACGCCACCACCAACACCGCCUGCGUCUGAUGAAGAGCGCAGUGCAAGUCCUCCGCGAGCGACAGGAGGUGGUGGAAUGCUUCGACGCUUUUCACUCAGCAAGCGCUCGGGCCCAAAGCAAUUCGACGGAUCUCGCGAGUCGGUUCGCGGCCCACGGCCUCCGAUUUCCGGUGGGCUAUUUCGAAGCCUCACCAGAAGAAGCUCUGAAAAGGGCACCGCGUCACCAGUCAAAGUCUCAAGAAGCAUGUCCCUCGGUAGUACCGAUCGACCCAAAACGGGGAUCAUGGGCUUCAUGCGUAGAGGCAGUCAGAGUAGGGCGGCUGCAUCUGAUGACGAUGUUGAUUCAAUACCCCACUGGGGAGCAUCAGCACAAGGUCGUUAUCCUAGUCCUUAUGGCCAGGCCCAAGACGAGCCUCUUGGUCUUCGCGGCGGCGCUCUCACGAAUGAUGAGUACUCGGAUGGCGACGAUGCUUACUUUACGCCGGGCCCUCCUCAGCUGGCGAAGACGGGGGGCAGUCAACCGGCAAGCGAGCCCUAUGACGACCCAAGGAUCAGGCCGUUCCAUAGGACUCCCACGGGUCUUACAAGCAAGCAGAUGAAGAAGGCACAAAACUUUUCAGUGGAUCUCGAGGGCGGGUUGGAUAUCUGCUUGAAUGUCGAGGUCAGCCCAAAAGACCCAACAGGUAUCACAACACCAUACAGAAUUCUGGUGCCGCGGCUGUAUUAUGAAUAUGUUGCAGAAGAGGACUCGUUGGUGGAGACUCAGACUCAGUCCCCACCCCAGGCACAGCCGACUGGGUUCAAGAGGUUUCUAAGCUUUCGCAAGAAAGGAAACCCGCCGACCGCAAGAUACGACGAGGAGCGUGAUUCAGUGGGCGAGCCGGAGCAAGAUUCUGAGGACGAUUCAACCGAAGCAGGGACGGUUAGACGCCGCUACUGA